GAUUUUUUUUUUUAAAAGCUUUGUUUUCUUCUUUCUUCUUCUGCUCUCUUCCGUCAAUGUCGUUGAACACAUUCGACGAUACUUGAAUCUCACUCUCUCUUCGUCUCCUUGUCUUCAUCCUCUCUCUGUUUCUCCGAUUUCCUCUCGCAAAUCUGCCUAUCUCUUCUCAUUCGAGGGAGGAGGUGAUCUAGGAUUUCUACGACGAAUUUCUCUUUUCCGUUGCGGUGAUUAGGGUUUCUGUUUCUCGUUCGUGUUCUCCGGAUGAUGAAAGCUUCUAUUGGGAGGUUGAGGAGAUUCGCAUUUCACAAGGUUGAUGGGAAGGACAAAGGAGAGCUUUUUCCGACGGCACAGAUUGACGAGCUUGCCCGAGCCGUCAAGGAUAUGCAAGACAUAAGAGAAUGCUAUGAUAAACUACUCUCGGCAGCAGCUGCCACAGCUAACAGUGCAUAUGAGUUCUCGGAAUCCUUGGGGGAAAUGGGUUCUUGUUUGGAGAAAAUCGCGUUGCACAAUGAUGAAGAAAGUGGUAAAAUCUUGUUAAUGUUGGGUAGAGUUCAGUUUGAGCUCCGGAGACUCGUUGACACCUAUCGCGCUCAUAUAUUCAAGACUAUUACACACCCAUCAGAAUCUCUUCUCAAUGAGCUUAGAACUGUCGAGGACAUGAAGCGGCAAUGCGAUGAAAAGAGAGAUGUUUACGAGUACAUGAUGAGUCACGUGAAAGAGAAAGGGAGACCCAAAUGCAAAGGAGAGAACUCUAUGUCGCAUCAGUUACAAGCCGCUCAUAACGAGUUUCAUGAUGAGGCGACAUUGUGCAUUUUCCGGUUGAAGUCUCUUAAGCAAGGACAAUCUCGUAGUCUUCUCACACAAGCGGCACGCCACCACUCUUCUCAGAUGCGUUUAUUUCGGGAUGGACUGCAAUCUCUCGAGGCUGUUGAGAAACAUGUUCGAAUCGCUGCGGAGAAGCAACACAUUGACUGUGAGCUCUCUGUUCACGGAAAUGAAAUGGAAGAUACCAACAAUGAUGAUGAUGAUGAUCGAUACAUUAACAGAGAUGGGGAACUCAGUUUUGACUGCAGGACGAGCACACAGAGAAUAGAAGCCCUCUCUACGCCUAGAAAAUCGAUCAAGGAGGAUGCUGACCUCUCGUUUCCACGCCCUUCAGCAACAGAACCAGCUGUGAUGUAUAGAGAUAAAAAGGAACACCAAGUUUCUAGCCAUGAUAACAGAGCAAGCAGCCAUUCAGCACCGUUAUUCUUGGAAAAAAGAUGCGAUUUUUCGGACAGGAUGAGGCAGAUGAAUCCAUCCCCAGCCCAGGCGGGUACGAAUGCGUACGUGUUACCCACCCCGGCCUUUACGACGAAACCAGCUCCUUCAAAUGUGAAACCGCCAAACCACAGCGGAAAUACAUGGCAAUGGCAUUCAUCUCCGCUGGAACAGGUGAAGAAUGGUAAAGAUUCCGAGAACAGCAGCUCCAUCUCUGCCCGUCUGCCCCGUCCCUCCUCCGGUGAGCCACCUCAGUUUUCCGUGCCACUCAUGAGCAAACCGUUCUCGGGUGGUGCGGUUUCCCGUUUGCCAGUUCGGUCUCCAAAGGUCUCGCCAGUUGGUUCACCGCCUCCGCCUCCACUCGGUUCGUCCCCACAGGUGAGCGAACUGCACGAGCUUCCAAGACCACCGGGAACCGUACGACGUGCAAAAUCUCCGGGAGGUCUGGUCGGUCACUCGGCACCUGUGUCGGCAUGGAGUGGCAGCCAUGAAAGAAGCACUGGUCCGUCGUCAACUGGCAUUGUUGUGGGGGCGCCGCUUCCUGUUCCGCCAUUGGUGGUCGUCCCAAGAAGCUUCUCUAUACCCUCGAGAGACCAGAGAGCCGUUGCCCUAAUGAACCACAGAUCGCCACCUUCCUCACUUCCUCAAUUCCCCUGAUUACAAAGUGGUUUGUAGAGAUCACCCAUUUAAGUAAAUAUAGAGAAACUUGAUAUAUAUAUUUUUUUUUUGUAUUCUUUGUUUGGUGAAAAUCAAUCUCUUUCUUUGUUCCUCCAAUGUAAAUCUGAAAUCCACAGAUUUUCUUCUUC